CAGGAUUUUUUUGUUGUUGUUUUUUGGCUACUACCUGUUCUGCUUUUUGACCUCCCCAAACACCAUGAAUGUGAUGUAUACCAUCUCAUUGUGCCACAGGAAAUAAUUUCAGUUCUGUUCUAUGUAUUACAGGCAGUCUUGGGAAAAAUGUCUGUUAUAUUUGAUUGGAUCUACAAAAGUUUCAGCAGCGUUUUACAACUUCUAGGUUUGUACAAGAAGUCUGGCAAGCUGGUGUUCCUUGGAUUAGACAAUGCUGGAAAAACAACGCUACUGUACAUGCUCAGAGACGACAGGCUUGGACAACAUGUGCCUACGCUACAUCCAACAUCUGAGGAGUUGACUCUUGCCGGAAUGACCUUUACAACCUUUGACCUCGGAGGACACUCGCAAGCACGAAGGAUCUGGAAGAACUACCUCCCAGCCGUAAAUGGUAUAGUCUACAUGGUGGAUUGUGCUGAUCGUGAGCGACUAACUGAGGCUAAAGUUGAACUGGAUGCGCUGUUGACAGAUGACACCAUCUCUAACGUUCCUGUUCUCAUCCUGGGGAAUAAGAUUGACCGUCCAGAGGCCAUCAGUGAGGACGCACUGAAAGAAAUGUUUGGUCUUCAUGGACACACAACUGGAAAGGGCAAAGUGUCGCUUAAAGAGCUUAAUUUGAGGCCAUUGGAAGUUUUCAUGUGUAGUGUGCUGAAGAAACAGGGAUAUGGAGAUGGUUUUCGCUGGCUUUCCCAGUACAUAGACUGACUUCACUUAAUUUCAUAGGUAAUCUGGUUUGCCACACAGUUUGUGCAGACAAGGACAUUUCUGGAUUAGAUUUGGCACCAAUGGGGAACCUGUUUUUUUUUGUGUUUUUUUUAAUCUAUCAAUCUGAAGGUCAUAUAAGUCAUACCACAGCUGUUUCUGUAUAUGCCUGACUGACUUAUCAGUCUGUAUUGUGCAGUCAAGUAUAUUUAAUAAUGUUUAUAUUUCAGUGAAGUGCCUUUACUUGUAGCUUGUAGGAUGUCUCAGGAUCAUACGGGAAACCUCAUUGCUGUGAAUUAAUUUGUGACCUGGGGGUAUUUUUAGCUGAUGGUGUUCACAAAUGUUGUCUGUUGCUCCACGAGUUUUGAAGUAGAACAUAUCUUAGUCACCCUCACUCCAAUGUAUAUUUUUCCAACUAGCCUGUGUAAUUUUUAAUUGUCCGCUAACAUUAUUAUGGACACUAGAACAUACCAUUAAGUGCAAUUUCACUGAGGUAACCUGAUCAUGUUCAGGCCCUGCCCUUUUAUUUUUUACAUAUGUAUAUGUUGAAAAAUUGAAAAAUGUAAUUGCAUAACUGACAAAACAUGGAAGAGAACUCUGAUGUUUAC